CAGUGAAAUCCAUAGUUGGAGGUAGGCGCCUUUGCCUUGUGUUCUCUCUGGUAAUUUUUCCAUCUUGCAAUAGGUAGCUAAAAGAAUUUAACGGUAAGAAUUCCUGAUAGAACACUUUUAUUGUGAGCGGCAUGUGAACAUUAUGGCGGAAUCAACGACUACAGAGAUCGAGGGCGAAAGAAUAUGUCGAACUUCAUCCGUGUCUCCAUGCACAACCAAAUUAAAGGGACAAAAAAUGGAAUAUUCUCAUAGACUUGCUGAAAAAAGACGAAGGGACCGAAUGAAUAUCAGUAUUUCAGAAAUUGCGCAGUUGUUGCCAUCCUCGUCCGUCUCAAAACAGCUGGAGAAAGCUGAAAUUCUGGAAAAGACCAUAAGUUACAUAAAAACACUUCAAGACCUUACUGAAGAUGUAAAGGCAGACUGUGAGACUGAGAGUUUAGAGGCAAAAGAAAACCAAAAUGCUACUGAACCACAAGAGAGCCAACCAUCUACCGCACAGGUAGACAUAAAUUCCAAGUACUUCAAGGGUUUCAGCGAUUGUGUCAAGGAGGUGUUUCGUUGUCUUACCAAUGUGGAAGCUAUGGACAUUGAGCAGCCUUGUUUUCAAAGACUUAUGCGCCACUUGCAGAUUGAGCUGCAGGUUUUGUGUAAGCAAGUAGACUUGGUUGGCUCUGAUGAUAGCCAUAAAGACAAGUAUUCAAAGGCAGUUCUUGAUUUGUGGCAGUGCAAAAGAACCCAUGAGAACAGUGAAAAUCCUAGCAGCCAAGACAAAUCCUCCAGUGGAGAGCCUGCUUCUAAACGGACACAUCGAGAUUCCGAUAAGAAUUCAUGUAGUGAUGGUCGUGGAAGCAGGUUUUCAUUAGGCACAGUGAGUAGCAGCUCAAACAAAGAGAAAAGGAAAGUUACCAUGGAUGCAAACUGUACUUGGGAUGAAAAUGGAAGCAAUUCAGCAAACUCCAGAGGCAACAGCAGUGUGUCAUCAAAAGAAAAAGAAUCAAUCCCAAACAAUUUCAAAAGUGAAAGUGGGAACAAUUAUGACAAGGCAAACUGUGAUGCUGGUGGUUAUGUACCUUGUGGUGUAGGUUUGAACUGGAAAUGGCCAAGUCAUGGUCUUGAUGGCCUGAUUCAAGCCACUCCCAUUUCACCUAGGACCCCUUACAUACCUAACCCCUACACUCUACCUACCUAUGCUCUACAUCCAUCUGGCACCCACUUCAUCCCUGUAGUUCUCCAUGUGAGCAUUCCUUUGCCUCCAUUUCCUGAUACAAAUGGACGUUUGAACCCAGUACCAAAUGGAUAUCUUGGUGCAUUCAACCAAAUGAGAAUGGGGUAUCCUCAUUUCCCUUAUUUCCCUGGUUUUCCCUUUUCACCACAACUCUGUGGCAGCCUUACAGGCAUGACUGGUGGGCAGAAUCCCAAGGAUGAGUCAAGACAGAAGCAGCAUCAGUCUAAACCACAGGAUUCAGAUCCUUCAAACAUGAAUCAUGAACAUUUGUCAGUUAAUGCUUGUACAAAUCAAGAACUAUCAAACACUGUUGAGUAGACAGGUUGGUUUAACCCUUUAACUCCCGUGAGUGACCAAGACAGAAUUUCUCUGAUACAAUUUCAGUACAAUAUCGACUAGAUAAGUGAUGAGAAUAAAGAAAAAUAUCAAUUUGGGGAUAAUUAGUUGAUCCAAUAAUAAAUUCUCGACACUAACAUAAGUGUUGUAUUGUUGACAUUAAGAAGAAUUACAAAUUUGAUCUGGGAGUUAAAAGGUUAAUUGAGGAAUUUUGAAAUACAUGUACCUUUGCUCCACUGUAACAUAUUAAGCUGUGUAUUGAGGUGCAGUGAUAUGACUUUAAAUUCACUGAAGCUGAUUAUUUUCUAAUUGUAUCAGCAAAUUUUUCCUUUUCCAGUAGAACCAUUUAAUGGAAAACAAAGUCACAUCAUCCUUCCCUUAAGGAUUACAGAGCAAGACAGGCUUGAACUAACAAUCCAGGGAAUUAGUUGAAGCAAAUACAAUUAUACAUUGCAAGUCAGUUUGGACUAGUUAGCUGUGAGUUUCAGUCUCCUUCAUGGCACCAGAAAAUUCUGGUUAUCAUUAUUUCAAGGAGGUUCUUUUAAGGACUAAAUGCCACAUUUUAUUUUAACUCUAUUGUCCACUUAUAGAGCCAAUAUCUGUGUCAUGUAGGCCAGUCAAAGUCUAGUUGAUCAUGUAUUGCCAGCAACUGGCUGGUUUACACUAUUAUAGAGUCAAAGGAAGCAGUGGAGUUGUCAAUUCAAAAUUUAAUAAUGAGACCAAGACUAAGAGGACACUCAGGGACUUGAAUUAGUAAGCUGAAUGUUUUGUUACUCUCUUUCCAUGUCUUUUGUUAGGCAUCAUAAUAUAUUAUUAUGAAUAUAUAAUUAAAUACAUAAAUUUGAAUAUCCUCCUGAAUUUUACAUGGUAGUAACUAGGAUUCAGUGUAUUCUAGGGUAUGAAUUGUAUAAAUUGUAACUUAAUGGUUUGUUUGCUAAAUAUUGCAUGUAGACAGUGUCUAAUGGAAGGUACUACAGAGCUAAGAGGACACUUUGUCAUUGUUUUGUCUGUGUUAUGAUGCAGAGACACAUUUUAUACACUCAGAUGCAGGUCAUAAACUUGUAUAUACACUAUUAAUGUGUGCACAGACUUAUGUGUCUUUAUCAUUCAGGGCUACACUAAUUUGAUCUUAAUGAGAGCUAUUGAUUUGAAAAGUCAAAAUGUAAUUAUGUGACCUUAUAGACAUGUAGAGAUUGAAAUUGGGCAGCUAAAGGUUCCACCAAGUCCUUUUCAUGUCUCUUGGUAGAAGGGUGAAGAAUAAAUUAUGUAAGGUUGUAAAUAGUA